GUUUCGUUUUGUUUUCGGUCUAAAAGAUAUAGAACCAUGAAGAGGGUCAAGAGGAAGGAGACGAUACAAUGUCUUACGUUGAAAGAAGAUGAAAACGAUCCGUUUUCGAUUAUUCCUCUGGAUCUAAUCGUAGAGAUUCUCUUGAAAGUUCCGACCAAAUCUGUAGCUAGUCUUGUCUUCGUUUCAAAACAAUGGUUAUCCGUAAUCAGUGGCAAACGUUUUAUCACUCAGUACCUGCAGGCUCGAUCUUCACCUCGGCUUCUUUUCACAGUCUUCUGCGCCUACAUGCCAGUGCAGUUCUUACAUUCAUUUUCCCAGGUUGAUCCAUCUUAUGACCGUCAUAGGGUAAGCAUAACUCCAGAUAAGAAGAAGAAGAACCAUGUCCAUGCUUUUUCUCCACCAAUCCGCGGCUUGAUCUGCCGUCAAAUGGGUUCUAGAGUGAUGAUAGGUAACCCUACCACGGGCCAAUUCUUAACGUUGCCUAGACUCAAAACUACAAGAAGAGGUGUGUUAUCCUUUUUUGGGUAUGAUCCAGUGAAUGAUGCAUACAAAGUGUUGUGCCUGACAGUACUACGUGGUCGUCAAAAACGUGAAUCACAAGUUGUGGCUGAAGAUCAUCAAGUGUACACUCUAGGAGGAGACCAAAAAAAAUGGAGAAUGGUUGAGUGUAAGCAUCCUCAUCUUCCUUUAACUCCUUCUUUACUUACUAAUAAAGGGAUAUGUUUAAAUGGGGUACUGUAUUAUUAUGCUUGGAUAAAAAAUGAUGCAUCCUUGAUAAGCUUCGAUCUGAUAUCUGAAGAGUUUAAUGUCGUUAAGUUGCCUGAGGAUAAUCCUUGCAUAGUGAACUACAAUGGAAAGGUAGCUAUAACUAGUUGGCCUACCGCUGACGGUGAAGUUCACUUGUGGGUUCUAGAAGAUGCCACUAAGCAACAAUGGUCUAAAGUUUCAAUCGUUGUUCCUUCUUGGCAAGAAUUAGUUGGAAAAAACCGUAGUUUCAGGUUCAGGGGUACAGUUAGUACUGUCUCUUCAGUCUUAACUUUUGGCCUCAAGGAAAACAAAGUCCAAAAAGUUGCGGUUAGAGAAUUUGGAAGUCCCUCUGAUUACAUGGAAGUCUAUUUUGAUCAUGUUGAGAGUCCUAUGUUCUGUCAAAUCUAAGUUAAUUCUUUUUCUUUUUUUGUUGCUUUUCAUUGAAGAUCUCAGACAGAUUGUAGUUUUGUGUAUAGUAAACCUGGCUGUUCUACAUUUGAUUUUCUUAUUUUAAGAUGAACAUUA